CGGCGCGUCCUCCGUCGUCGGCUUUCUCUACCGGCGAUCGUCUCCGGCGAUGCACCUUUUCCAGAUCCGCCACAGCUUUCAGGUCUAAGGUGUGUUUAGAAGAACAAUUAUCGAUGGAGCGCAAGCAGAAGUCUUUAGGAACUUCAAGUUCUCAAGCCACAGGAGCUUGUGUUGACAGUGUUUUCAGAUUCUUUAGUCUUCCGGAGGAAGUUUCCCAUCACAUUCUGUCUUUCCUUCCUGUGAAAGACCUCGUUCGCUAUGGUGGACUGUCCAAGAAGUGCCAAGAAUUUCAACUGUCGACUCCGUCUGUGAACUUUGUGGGGUUUUCAUCCCUGCCCAACAAUAGGCAUUUCAGGCUGUUGGGUUGCUUGGAUAGGUUUUUGUUUCUUCGUGGGGAUAAUAAGAUACGACGCUUCCGUGUGGAUUGGAAUCUUGUUUUAGGGAAAACUGCAAGCAUCUAUAAUGAGCUUUACCGAGUGAUGACAUGGGUGCAUGCUGCAGUCAAGUGUAAUGUUGAAGAGCUUGAUCUUAAGUUGAGAAUUCUCGAAGCAACAACGUUUGAGCUGCCCAUAUGCGUCUUUGAUUGUAAAUCCUUGAGUUCUCUAUUGGUUGAGUGUGGUACAGCUCUAGCAACACCUUCCGUUGCGUGUUCAACUAAUCUUCAAUACAUAAAGUUGAGAAAGGUUAAAAUUGAUGAGGGGUUUUGCAAAUGGAUCUCGUUUUCUUGCAAAUGCAUCAAGGAACUACAAUUUGAAGAGGUGAAAGUAGAAAAUAUUACCAUUGAUAGCUCAUCUUUGGAAUCAUUUAGUCUUGUGUCUCCCUCUUUCUGUGGCGUACGUCAACUUCUAAUCUCAGGGAAGAAACUUGAAAAGAUAGAUAUAGAAUGGAGAUGUGCUUUACCUAGUGGCACAUCCUUGGAUGUUUCAGCUCCAAACCUUAGAUCUUUCAAAUGGACUGGGAAUUUGUUGAAGCACCAGAAUAUGGGGAAUUUAAUGUGUUUGGAAAAAGCAGAGAUUUUCCUGAGUCCUUCCGCAGACUACAACUUUGACAACGCAUUUGGGGUUCUUCACAGUUUAUGCAAGGUUAAAGUUCUUAUUCUAAGUGAAGAGACUGUUAAGGCUCUAUUUAGGGAAGGUCAUAUUCCUGCACAGUUUGAUGAUAUUUCUUACUUGGCUAUGGAUAUUACGAGCUGGGAUGAUGAUGUAGUUUCAGCAAUGGUCUCUCUUAUGAAAGGAAUGCCGAAUUUGAAUACUUUAAACUUGAAGUCUAACCAUUCCAUAAACGUCACGAAACCUGAGGAAUGCAGAUUUGAUAGGACAUACUGGAAAUCCCAAAAUUUGACGUUCAUCUUAGAGCUGAAGGAGGUGACAAUAGAGUUUUUUUGUGGGAACAUUGAAUUGGAGUUGGCCAAUUAUAUCCUGGAGGAUGCUAAGAACUUGCAGAAAAUGGUGAUUAUCUAUUCACCACAGCAAUCAAACCUUAUCAGGGGACUAAAGAAGAGCAAGAUGAACUCCACUGCUAUCAUUGUCUGUCAGGAAAAACAAAGAAAGUGAAGGAGAUAACAGAGGUUUAAUAUUUUCUGAAGAACUUACAAAAACGUUAACUUAAUGUUGAUGAAUGCAUUGUGGCUUUAUUUUUGGGAAUUGAUUCUGUAAUCUAAGUUUAUAAAGGCUAACAGAUAUGUUAACGUCAGUGGUGUUCACAUGACCAAGGAAAUCAUGGUCAAUCACUGUUGGAUGUAAAUCAAACGGUGGGAAGUAUUAUUUUAAAGUUACGUUUUAUUUUCCACCCUUAGAUUUACAUCCAACGGGGAUUAAUCAUGAUUAAUCAUGAUUUUCUUGGUCAUUAGGUGACCAUGUGAAUACUACUGUGUUAAAUUUAGCUCU